CGGGCCGCCCCCGGCCGCGGCAGUGGAGCAGCUCGGCUGAUCAUGUGCGGUUCCACCUCUAGGGCGGCGAGUGGAUCGGUGCUGCGCCCUUCCACGAACCGUGCCGCUGGCAGCCGAGGAGGUGAUCUAUGCCAGCCGCUUCCAGAGCGCAGGGAAAUAAAUCAGUGCUGUGGACUCUGCGGAGCAGGUGAAAGGAGAAACGUUACCCCAAGAAUGAAGCAAUAAAACAUCUCUCUGCAGAACCGUAUGAUUGAAAACGCAGUCCAGCCCUCUUCUGCUGCCGGACAUACUUUUGUCCUCCUGCCCCUCUCACCCAAUGUUGCAGUAAUACAGAUGGAUCGUACUAGAGAGACAGAAAUGGAGUUGCGGAGAUCCACCAGCCCAGGCAGGCUAAGUAAGAGUGACAUGGAUACUGAGAAGACCAUGUGCCACAGCUGCUGCAUCUGUGGUAAAAGUUUCCCUUUUCAGAGCUCCUUGUCACAGCACAUGAGGAAGCACACGGGUGAGAAACCCUACAAAUGCCCAUACUGUGAUCACAGAGCGUCUCAAAAGGGCAACCUGAAGAUCCACAUCCGUAGUCACAGAACAGGCACUUUAAGUCAAGGGCAUGAGGCAGAGAUGGGAGAGGCACAGCUGGGGGAAAUGGGUGUUUCGGAGGGGCUCGGUGGGUGCACCAGCCCCACUAAAAGUACGUCUGCCUGCAACAAGAUCUUGAACGGUACUGCUCAGGUAGAUAGCAGCAAGAUCUUGUUGAGAAGCAGCAAGAAGGAGGUCAUGGAGGUGGUGCCAGCUGAAGAGGAUGGCAAGCUGACCUCUUACCAGUGCACAUUCUGCAAAAACAAAUUUGAAAGGAAGAAGGAUCUGGAGCAGCACCUGCAUCAGGUCCACAAACCGUUCAAGUGCAGGCUGUGUAGCUACAUGACCCUGAGGGAGGAGUCACUGUUAAGCCAUGUAGAGAAGGACCAUAUAACAGCUCAGGUCCCAAACGGGGAGGCCUACACUGAGAACUGCAAGAGUGAGCUGAGCGCAGGCGAGUUUCCGUGCGAAGUCUGCGGUCAGGCCUUUAGUCAAACCUGGUUCCUGAAAGCUCACAUGAAAAAGCACAGGGGGUCGUUUGAUCACGGCUGCCACAUUUGUGGCAGGAGAUUCAAAGAGCCCUGGUUUCUCAAAAACCACAUGAAGUCACACGGUCCCAAGGCCGGGAGCAAAAACAAACCAAAAAACGAUUUGGAGCUGAUAGCCACUAUCAAUGAUGUGAUACAGGAGGAGAUGAUUGUCACCGGCCUGUCUCUCUACGAAGUUUGCACCAAGUGUGGGAAUCUGUUUACAAAUAUGGAAAGCCUGAAAGCACAUAAUGCUGUUCACUACCGGGCGCAACGCGGCGGUGCUGGGGAUAAAGCUGAGGGAUUAACUGAGGGGAGUCUGAGCUCCUCGGUAACGAAGCAGUUUUUCUUGCAGUGUCUCAAUCUAAGGCCAUCUGUGGGGUUGGAUAGAGUUACAAGAGGACAGCCUGGGAAAAGAGUAGCUGAGCUGGAUCCAGUCAGUAGCUACCAAGCUUGGCAGCUGGCCACCAAAGGAAAAGUUGUAGAGCCUUCAGAGUACGUGAAGUAUUUGGGAUGGGACGAGGCCUUGGCAGAUGCGGAUGUGACGUACGACAAGGAUAAGAAAGAGUACAUCCUCGUCAACCAAGAGAAGCGCAAACGAGACCAGGACUCGCCCAGCUCCUCCACUAACCCCAAGAAGAAGAGCUGCAGCAGCGGGCGCCCAGAGAAAACUGUGGUUGCCCCAGCAGGGGAGAGCUGCCCGCUCACCCAGGGGGACCUGGACUACCGCCCUGCCUCACGGCAGAGCCGUCGAGCCACCCAGAACAAGUCCACUGAAUGCUUUGAGUGCGGGAAGAUCUUCCGCACCUACCACCAAAUGGUGCUGCACUCCCGUGUGCACCGCAAGGAGCGGAGGAGCUGCGGCGAGGGUGGGACAGCCGCCCAGCCCGACCGCUAUGGCUCCAGCAGCGAGGAAGGAGACUCGGGCUCUGUCAGUGGGCCCAGCACGCCUGGCUCUGCGUCUGCCCCAGAGGACUCAGCCACCUCUGGCCUAGGAGAGGAGGCAGCUGAGGAGAGCUCGGAGGAGGGAGCAGCCAACCCCUCACUAGAUGAAAAGCCAUACCACUGCAACUUUUCUGAAGAGCAAACCCCCAUGGUAACGUCUCAGUUGGAUGAACUCCCAAAGCUGGGAAGCUGCAGUGCUAGAGAAAACAAGGCCAAGGAACCUAAACCAGAGAUUCCUGCCCUGGUGUCAACACUGCAAACACUGCAGAGUGUCAUCAAGGAGCCCUUUUCGAAAUACCAAGAUAUAAAAAGUUCUGCAGACAUAAAGAUGCCAGCAUUUCACCACAGCCAAGGGCUUCCGUGCUCCAGUCGCAUUGCUGGCUUUGCUUCGGGUUCGAGCCAGGCGUCUUCAAACCUGGUCAUGGACUUGAAAACGUCGCUUGAAGUGCAGGCUAGUUGUGCUAGAGAAAAUUUGCUAGACUUGCACAGGGAGCAUCCUCUAGAAAAAGGUGCUGAAGCUCAAGAAGUAGCUCCACUCGAUUUGAGUGAAAAAUCAACAAGGGAUAAUUCAUGCAAUAAAAAUCUGAGUACAUCCUUGCAGGCUGCUUUAAUUGUCUACCCGUGCCCUUUUUGCAGUCAUAAGACCUACUACCCUGAAGUCCUUUGGAUGCACAAAAGAAUUUUGCACAAAAUCAGCUGUAACUCAAUGGUCCCCCCUUGGGUUCAGCAGAAUGGAUUCAAGAGUAUUAAAAACAACCUGAUCUUUCUGGCAAGGAGUGGGCGUACUGGCCCCCCUCCUGUUCUUGGUGGUAAGGAGUGCCAGCCUUUGCCCAUUGCCAGAUUUACACGCACUCAAGUGCCAAGUGCAUCGCCAGGCUCCAAAACCAGCUCUCUUUCUGUUGGGACUACUGUGAAGUCUGGGAGUAUGUCUCAGUCCAAGGACAGUCAUGCCUUCAGCCACUGUGGUCCACGCUUAUCAGGUCUGGAUGGGUACAGGCAGCCCAAGUUAAACCAUUCCCAGGAGCAGUACAGCAUAGCAACACAACAAAAAAGUAAAUACGAGACAAAUUCUAAACUUAUGCAAAUGGGAGCCUAUAGCAGAAGUGUAACACCUACUCAAACGGUCAUAUCCAGGCCUAGCACACAGCCUACCAACAGCAAGCAAGUGGAAAAGUAUGCUGGUCCCCAAGGAAGUACUAGUUUUGCCCCUCCAGCUAAGCACUGCGCAUCCGACUCCAUGAAGGCCAAAUUCAGCCCACCGCUGCAGUAUCAUCCUCUGUGCAAAAGCGAGCAGUACACUAAACAUGAAGAGCCACUGGUGCCUCAGAGGGAAUCUCACGUGAAGGCUGGGAAUGAGAUGAGGACAUUGGUAAACUGCACAGCAGUAGCACGAGCAAGCCCACUGCUGCAGCCCCAGCCUAGUGCUGCAGGAGUUUCUCCAGCUUUACACUUCAUCAAACAGGAUCUGGGAUCAGAUGGGCACGAGAAACAUUUGGACGUUUUAAAUAUCUUUAAAACCUACAUUCCAAAGGACCUUGCUUCGUUGUACCAAACCUGUGGUGCCAACAGCCCUGUCCUGGAUCACACAGGGAUGCUCAGGACACAAACACGCCAAGGAGACUGCGUCUGCAGAGAAUGUGGAAAAUGCUUUACCCAACCCAGUCACCUCAGGACUCAUCAGAGGUCCCACGCAGUGGUAUUUGAGUCUAAUGGACUCCGAGGUACUGAAGUUCACACCACCUCCGCAGAUGCCCCAAAACAAGGGAGAGACCACGGCGGCGCAGAGGUCACCCACACGCUGCCUCUCCGGAAGGGAACCUAGAGCUGCAGCGGAGGAGCCCCCAGGCCGGCGGGCAGGGCCGGCAGCCCCCUGCGCAGGGCCGCAGAGCAGCCUCCUUGCCAGUCGUCGCCUUGC